AUGAGAUUCACUUCUUUAUCUUCGUCAUUGUCACUUUUCACAACAUGGUUCGUACUUCAAGCCGCUGCCGCCCCGGCGGCAGCCUCACAGGUCCUGACCCCUCAAGAUUUCAAGCAGACCAUCGCAGAUGGUGUUUGGUUCAUCGAACAUUUUUCCCCAUAUUGUCGGCAUUGUCGCAACUUUGAACCGACAUGGAACCGUGUAGUAGACAAUUUUGAGAAAGAGAAACCUGAUCUAGGGAUACAUCUGGCACAAGUGAAUUGUGCAUUGAAUGGAGACUUGUGCACCGAGAACGGUGUUACAGGAUACCCUCAAAUGAACCUUUAUCGAAAUGGGCUGUUUGUAGAGACCUUCACUAAAGAUCGUGACUUCGAUAUCCUUGUUGAUUUCCUUCUUGCACGUGCUGAUCAUACCGCAAAUUCCUUGUCAUCCUCUACUGCGGUUGAGCAGGAGGAAAUGGUAGCUGAAAUCGUUCCUGUAGAGGAGAAUUCGGUGGUCCAUGUGUCGCAGGCAGAAUCCAACCCUUUGGGAGAGGUGAUAUCCUUAACUAGCGAGACAUUCGACAACUUUGUGUCGCAGGCGCCUACAUUUGUCAAGUUCUUUGCACCGUGGUGCGGACACUGUAAGAAACUUGCUCCAACGUGGACACAGGUUGCUCGUCGCAUGCAGCACAAGCUCAAUAUCGCUGAAGUCAAUUGUGAUGAGUUCAAGUCGCUAUGCUCGAAGCAAGGGGUCACAGGUUAUCCUAUGCUGUUCUACUAUUCUCACGGAGCAAAGACAGAGUACUCAGGAAGUAGAAAAUACGAGCCACUUGUGGCUUUCGCUGACAAGGCAGCAUCUCCGACCAUGCAACCAAUAAGCGCUCAUGAUCUUGACAAGGUUGUUCAUGAAAAUCCUGUUGCGUAUGUCCUACUUUCUUCAUCACAUGAACAUAUUGUCAGUGAGGUCACUAAAGACUCGCAGUUGCUCCUCGGGUCGCCCCCGGUAUUUGUAUCAUCUUCCAAGGAACUCUUUACUCGCUAUGACAUCCCAGCGACAGAAUCCUGGGCCAUCCUAGCAUUCAAAGAUAAUGACUCAAAGGAACCCACCUCAGUCUUUAGUCCAUCCAGUUCUGACACACUUAGCACUUGGCUAUUCGCCAACCGCCUCCCAACCUCCCUCGAGCUCUCGCGCGAUGUAUUUCAACAGGUAAUGAAUGCUCCACAUAACCCACUUGUCGUGAUUGCUGCGACGCCCAAUGAUGUUCAAAAUGAUGUCUCAUCGAAGUUGGACGAUAUUGCAAAAAAGUGGCGCCUGCGCAAGAGCUAUGUUGGGAAACAAGAUGUGGUAUUCACGUGGAUGGAUGCUGAUCAAUGGGGAAGUUGGAUGAAGAGUAUGUACGGUGUGAAGGUCAAAGAGCAGCCGAAGGUGGUGGUUGCUGAUCAUAAUCGCCUCAUCUAUUGGGAUAGGGAUACUACUGGGCAGCCCAUUCAGCUAAACACCGUCAGCAUAUUCUCUGCUAUUGAAGGAAUUUACGACAGCAAAAUACGUUCCAAGCAUUCGGAGAACAUCCUAGAGCGCUCUCUUCGGGUCUUCAACUCAAGUCUCACAAGCACUGAGGGUUUUAUUAUCGCCCAUCCAUACAUGGCAGUCCUGCUGAUUCUUGGAUUUUUGGCAGCGGUUGUUAUGGCGAUCAAGAAACUUUUGGAUGAUGAUACGGAUCUGCAGUCCGGGCAUAAGUACAUCAAGGGUGAUCGUCUAGAUUGA